AUGGAGACUUCAAGUGAUUCUUUGCGCUCGUCAUCCUCUGAGCCGCCCUCGGAGACUCCGAUCGAGAAGCCACAGUCCCCAAGAGACGUGCACGGCGUUAAAUGGGCCCUAGUGGUAAGUGCGCUGCUUUCGUCCUUGUUCUUGUAUGCACUCGACAAUACUGUAGUGGCCAAUGUUCAGCCGAAAGUCGUCGAAACCUUUGGCCAUGUCAGUUUGGUUCCUUGGCUGGGUGUCUCCUUUGCUCUGGCGUCGGCUGCUACUACCUUGAUUUGGUCCAAGGCCUAUGGAACCUUCUCCGCGAAGAAGCUUUACAUUGGAAGCACGGUCAUGUUCAUGGGCGCGUCGGCCCUCUGCGGUGGCGCUCCAGACAUCAACAGCUUCAUAGUCGGUCGUGCCAUCGCGGGUGCCGGUGGCUGUGGAAUGUACAUGGGCCUGUUGACAUUGAUGUCGGUGACCACAGACAACAUUGAACGUCCGAAAUAUUUCAGUCUGACUGGAUUCAUUUGGGGUGUCGGCACAGUGCUGGGUCCAGUGGUUGGCGGUGCCCUCGGUGACAGCAAGGCGACCUGGCGUUGGGCAUUCUACCUGAACCUGCUGGUCGGAGCGGUUGUGGCUCCGGUCUACUUCCUCCUCUUGCCCGACUUCAGACCCCAGAAAGAUGUUCCUAUCCUCAAGCGGUUUGGCCAGAUCGACUACAUUGGGGCACUGCUGUCCAUUGGUACCCUUCUGUGCGCGAUUAUGGCCAUGAACUUCGGCGGCGUUCUGUGGAGCUGGAGCAGCUCGAACAGCAUUGGUCUCUUCGUGGGCGCCGGUGUCCUGUUGAUCCUGUUUGUAGUGCAACAAACCUUCAACCUGGGAACCAGCUUCGAGAACCGCAUGUUCCCCAUGCAUUUCUGGAAGAGCCGUACCUUGAUCGUUCUCUUCUUCACUAUGAUGUUGGCGACAUUCGGCAGCUUCAUCGGCAUCUACUACCUGCCCAUCUACUACCAAUUCACCCGCGGAAGCACAGCCGUUCAGACCUCCGUCCAUCUCCUGCCCUUCAUUCUGCUCCUGGUCGCCUUCAACCUGAUCAACGGUCAGUUGAUGGGCAAGACCGGCUACUACUACCCCUGGUACAUUUUCGGAGCUGCUCUCGAGUUAAUCGGCGGUGUCCUCCUUUACACGGUAGACGAACACACCUCCGACGCCAAAAUCUACGGCUACACCAUCAUCCUGGGCACCGGCGUGGGCUGCUUCUGCCAGGCCGGCUUCGCGAUCGCACAGAUGAAGGUCAAGCCUGGGGAGAUCCCCUUCUGCGUGGGCUUCAUGACGGUUGGACAGAUGAUGGGGAUCGUCUUCGGCACGGGUAUCUCCGGCGCCCUGUUCGUGAACUUCGCGCAACAGGCCCUGCAGCAGGUGUUCCCCCUGGCUAGUGAGGACGAGAUCUCGAACGCAAUAUCGGGCGUGGGGAGCCAGCUCCUCCGCUCUGCGAGUCCCGAGGAUUAUGCCGCGGCAAUUCAUGGUAUCACUAGAGCGAUCCAGCUGGCCUACGUGCCCAUCAUCGCUGCGGGAGCCAUUUGCUUGGUCUGUAGCUUGCUAAUGAAGCACGAAAAGGUCUUUGUUACUGGCAGCUUCGCUGGUUAA